UACACUUGCGGUGUUGGCACUGACGUCAUCACAACAUUGUCAUUGAGAAAUGGCAGACUGGACGAGAAGAAAUGGAAAUGGCCUUGGCAAAGGCCAAUCAGAAGAAAUACUGGACAGAGAAAAUCAGCAAAUGACUGAAAACCUAUCCAGGAAAAUGAACAGGCUUAAAAACGUAGCCUUUGACAUGCAGACAGAGGCAGAGGACCAGAAUAGAUACCUGGAUGGGAUGGGCAGUGAUUUUGAGAGCUCCCAAGGACUUUUAUCUGGCAGCAUGAACAGGAUAAACCACAUGAUAGGUGCCAACAAAUCAAACAGAAAAAUUAUGUGCUACAUUGUACUGUUUUUGGUGAUCAUAUUCUUUGUGGUUUACUUCCUGGUCACUCGUUCAUCUGGCUCCUGACAACCAAUACCCAGCCAGGGGUCCAAUUCUACUACACCCCAAGUUUGAUAAGGAACUUAGGAAUUGCAUGGUCCAUAUCACUUUCCUGCCACAGGUGGUGGUUCUUUUGGUUUAGAAUGCAGAGAUCUUUCCCUUCACAUAUUUGGCAUUCCAAACCUGCUUUGUUACACUGACCAGACGGUGGGAAUCUGUAUUGUGUUUUUAUUAAUACUGUGCUAGUCAAUGGAUGGAUGGAUUUUGUGGCCCUCCCCAUGUGCCAUACAUGUGUUAAACCAAAAUAUGAAUUACAGGGUAUUUGUACCCAAGGCGUAGUUUUAGCUCUAUGUCAGACUGUUUUAUGUAUAUUUGUAAAUAACUGUGUAAAUGAUAUUUGG